GCGCCAACCUUACCGGUGACAUUUCGUGCACUGGAGGAGAACCUGAAGAUCGAUCGAAGGCAUAGGUAUCGAGUAUAUUCGCCACAGAAGGAAGGAGAUUCCGUCGGGGUAUUGGAAAGUGAAGCGGAGGAUGGCACAGCACUUUACGAGGCUGUGGCCGUGAUUUUUAUUGCUCAACUUCAUAAUAUCAAGCUUACUCUACUCGAGUUAUUAACCAUCAGUGUCACAACCACCGUGGCCUCCAUUGGUUCCGGUUCAGUGCCGGCUGGCCUAGACACCAUUGUUAUUGUGUUGACCACAGUCGGACUUCCGGCUAAGGAUCUCAGCUUGUUGCUCACUGUCGACUGGCUA